CUCUUCAUGUGACCAGGUCAUGUGACUAAUUGAAAACAUCUGCGCUAACAAAAACAAUUUAUUGACUAUAAACAUAAUAGAUCUAUAUAAUGCGGCUAUAAGCCUUAUUGAUCACAAAACUUGGGCUCUAGAUCUAGAUUUAGAUGUAAUAUUUUGAUAGAUCUAAAUAUCACUUUUCAAAAUAAACAUUCAUUUUUAGUGCUGCAUAAAAUGCUUCAAGCACUAGCUCUAGUGUUAGUGUUAAUAACAAUAAAAUCUGCAUUUGGAGGCGUUGGAAUGCUUUAUCCCAAGGAAAGUGAAAGUAGAGAUUCUAAAUUUUUAGACGGAAUGUGGCAGUUCAGAGCUGAUAACUCGCCAACAAGAAACAAAGGAUUUCAAGAACUUUGGUGGAAAAAACCGCUAGUGGAGACAGGCCCUGUGAUUGACAUGCCAGUUCCAUCUAGCUUCAAUGAUGUGACAGAAGAUAAAUCGUUACGAGAUUUCGUUGGAUGGGUGUGGUAUGACAGAAGCUUUUAUGUAACCUCUGGCUGGGCUAGUGGUAAAAGAGUUGUCUUGAGAUUUGAUAGUGCCCACUAUUUCACAUACGUGUGGUUGAAUGGUAGAGAGGUCAUGAGCCAUAAUGGAGGUCAUCUUCCAUUUGAAGCUGAGGUGCAGCACCUUCUCAACUAUGACAGCUCUAAUCUUGUCACAGUGGCCAUUAACAAUACACUCUCACCAACCACACUGCCACCUGGAACAAUUCAAUAUCAGACGGACACCUCUAUGUAUCCUCCUGGAUAUUUUGUUCAAAAUCUUCAAAUGGAUUUCUUUAACUAUGGUGGCAUUCAUCGUCAUGUUCGUCUCUACUCUACUCCACUUGUAUAUGUUGAUGACAUUACCAUUCUCACUGAUGUGCGCAAUAAUAUAGGUAAUGUUACAUACACUGUUGUGGCAGGGGGAGGUAUUCCUCAGUUUGUUGAGGUGACUCUCCUUGAUGCCUCUGAAGCAGUAGUUGCACAGAGUUCCAAACUUGCUGAUUCUUUGACAAUCCAAUCUCCAAAUCUGUGGUGGCCUUUUGGCAUGAAUGAGACGGUUGGGUAUAGAUACACAUUACAGGUGAAUGUCUCAGGAGAUGUAUAUAGGCAGCCUUUUGGUAUCAGGACAAUCAGAGUAACAGAAAACCAAUUCCUCAUAAAUGAAAAGCCAUUCUACUGUUUGGGUGUGGCUAAGCAUGAAGACUCUGACUUCCGUGGAAAAGGUUUAGACUACACACUGAUAGCCAAAGACUUCAACAUGCUGAGGUGGAUGGGAGUGAAUUGCAUAAGGACUUCUCACUAUCCCUAUGCUGAAGAAAUAUUAGAGUUAGCUGACCGCCAAGGGGUGGCUGUCAUUGAUGAGAGCCCAGGAGUUGGCAUUAAAAAUGAUAACAACAUGGGUAAUGAGUCCAUAGCUCAUCACUUGGAAGUCAUGUCAGAGAUGAUUCGUAGAGACAAAAACAAACCCUCUGUAAUCAUGUGGUCAGUGGCCAAUGAGCCAGACUCUUCAAGACAUCUUGCAUUGAAUUACUUCAAAACUGUCAUUCAAUAUACUAGAGACAAUGAUCCAGCUCACAGACCUGUAACAUUUGUUUGUUCCUCUUCCUACAAGGAUGAUGUUGCUGUUCAGUUUGUGGACGUAGUUUGUCUCAAUAAAUACUUUGGUUGGUAUGAGGAUACUGGCCACUUGGAGCUUAUUCAGCGCCAACUCCACACAUGGUUUGAAGGUUUCAGAACUCUCCACAAGAAGCCCAUCAUUGUUACAGAGUAUGGUGCAGAUACAGUGCCAGGUUUACAUAGGGCUCCAAGUUCUGUGUUCACUGAAGAAUAUCAAGCAGAAUUCCUUCAAGAGUAUCACAAAGAGUUUGACAUUGCAAGACAAGAUUUCCUUGUGGGGGAAAUGGUUUGGAACUUUGCAGAUUUUAUGACCCCUGAUGGUAUAACCAGAGUAGUUGGGAAUAAGAAAGGACUUCUGACCAGGCAAAGGGAACCCAAGAGAGGAGCCUUUGUUAUUAGAGACCGGUAUAAUGCCAUUAUCAAUGGAACAGCACAGACUUGCGGUUGCAGUCCUUCAUCUAAAUACUCUUCCCAACCUCACUCCUACCAGCAUUCAACAAACCCUGACCAGAUCAUUGGAUAAUUCAUAAUUCUUAUCAUUUAUUUUUGUUUCUUUUUAUUCUUUUUUAGCAUUUAAAUUACCUAUUUUAUAUAUAUAUGUAUUAAGGCUUGUCCUUUUUAUAUAAUUUAUGAGUAUACAGGGUGCUAAAAAAAAUGUACCAAAACCAUUGUGCUAUAUUUCAAAUAAAAAAAUUGAUACCUUGUUGGGUCAUUGAUAUUUACUGGUCACAGUGGAACAAAACUUUCAGUAACAUACUUUCACAAGAAAAAGUUGCACAGAGUGAGGUUAGAGAACCGGGUAUGUCAAGCACAGAGAGCAAGGUCCUUAGUUCUUUUUCUCCUAAUCCAGGGCUUUUGGUAGAAAUUUUCAUAUAAGCUUGAUGUUGUCUGUUCCCUCACAUUGAGCACUUGUAAAGGAUAAAAUAAAAACAUGGAAGUUACAUACAGCACCUGUGUCCUGUUAGGUAUUUAUGUUUUAUUUUAGAAAUAUAUCGCAAUGGUUUUGGCACAUUCUUUUUUAAUCACCUUGUAUAACAGGUUUUAGUCUUGUUGAUUAACCAAAUAAUUGGGUCUCUUUGUCCAUUUACAAAAUUGUUUUAGAUAUCUUUUUUAUUUUAAGAAUUCUUUAUAUUUAAUUUUUUUUAAGUUAAGACUCUCCUUCCUUUGUUCUCUUGGACCAUUUUCAACUGCCUUUUUCACCAUUAUCUUUUACAACUCACUGCCACAGUAUGCUGGAUCCAUUGCUUCAUAAAUAAAUAUGCUGAAGCAUUACAUGUUUUUGCAAGUCUCCUCAUCUUAAGUUCGAACUCAGGGUAAUCUUUUUCUUACUGUGACCAAACAACUGAACUUUGAUUGAAUGGCCUGCCAAAGUCCUUGCAUAUUUUAAACAUUGAACUUCUAUGGUGUAAGCAAAUCUUCAUAUAUUGUAUUAUCCAUGUGAAAAAUUCUGUGACUUCUGCGAAAUAAGUCUACAUAAAUAAACAAUAAUUUUGGCCUUAAUAAACAGCUGGUCCAUUUACAUAAAAUUUCCUGUGCUAAAAGAGUGAAUGUCUUAAGACAUUUUAUUAUAUCCAUCCAUCUGCAUAGGUAAGUAAGCUUGGUUUGAAAAAAAAAAAGGCUGUAAUGUAUUUGUUUUAAACAUAAUAUAUUUGUGCUAAGUACUUUAUGAAGCAUCAUAGUACUUAAUAUGUUGCCACACACUACAGCAAUAAAGGAAAUCAACAGAUACAUGAUACAGUGGUGUACACUUGAAUUAACAGUAUUGAAAGGAGUUCUUAAGUUUCUUAAAUAUUCUGAAGUUUGAGAACCACUGACACUUACACAGGGACAAAAAAUUGACAACUGCAUUCACAACAAAGAACAAGUAAUCUCUAGUUUGUCUCUCAUCCUGUGUACCUAUAAAUAUUUGUACACUGAAACAGUAUUGUUAUAAUUGAGCUGCAUAUUUUUUUUAUUAGAAAUUACUUUAUGUAUUGUAUGAAAAAAAAAUGUAAGCUUCUUUGUUGAGCAUUAUUUUUGUCAUAAUUUAUUUUUUCUUCAUUUAGGAAAAGUUUCCUUCUAGAACAAUGUAACCUUGCUAUUUUUGUUUUUGACAAUAUACAAAAUGUUUAUCAUUUCUAAACACCUUAGUUUGUUUUGAGCUUAUUCUAUAUGACAAGCUGUUUUUUUUAAACGUUUAUUUUAAAGUUUUUCACUGCAUUUAUGUUAAUAAUGCUUUGAAAUAUCUGAAAAAUAUACAAUGUUUUGAUCAAUGUUUUUCAAAUCUAAAUCUAUUUACAAAUUGUGAUAAGCUGUGGUCACUCUGUGAUUACACAAUCCUUACUUUUGAAAAAUAAAAUAGUUAAACUAAAUGUAUCAUCAUCAAUUGUUUCUCAAUGAUAUCUGUGAAAACAUUCAGAUCAUUAUAAUUUUUGUAGUCUUCCAAUUUUCUUCCAAUGUUCAUGUUAAUAUUGCCAAAUUUUAAGUUAUUGUUUGAAAAUGACAUUGCUUUAUACAGUAUCUUUGUUUUGUACUAAAAAUAAAUAUAAUUUACAUUAUUUUAAAUUUACAAAUAGUUACAAAGACCUAAAAUGAUGAAGACAGAACCAUUUGAAAUUUGGUUCAGAACCAUUAAUCCUUUAGAACAAAAUUAUGCAUAACCUGAAGGUCACAUGUAUUGCCCUUAAUGUGAAGUCUUUUUUCUAAGUUCUAGUACACAUUUAUUUUAUUCUAUUGUCCCAUCACUUGUUUCUAUACAAAGAAACCUGCCACUUUCUAAAUUAUUUUCGCUUCCCAGGGUUAAAAAAUAUACUAGAAAAUGUGUGUGUUUUUGCCCUUCAAUGAUGCUUUGCUGUACUUAUAAGUUAUUAUACAUUCCUAAUGCACAAAUUUCUUGAAGGCAAUGUUUUAAUAUAUAUAUAUUUGCUUGUGGUGGCUGAGUGGUAAGUGCCUGGCUUCCAAAGUGAGGGGUCUUGAGUUUGAUAGACAGGGAGUUUGAAUAUCAGAAUUUAUAGGAUGCUCCAGAGUCCACCCAUCUCUAAUGGGUACCUGACAAUAGUUGGGGAAAAGUAUAGAUGAUCGGUCAUUGCCCUGCUCUCAUGACUCCCUCAUUAACCAAAGGCCAUAGAAACAGAUGACCUUUACAUCAUCUACCCUAUAGAUCAGGAAGACUGAAAUAGAUACUUUACUUUUUUUUUUUAACAAUAUUUAAGCCUUAAACUUUGUUUGGUCAGGGUAUUCUUUCACACAUGACUGUCAUGUUUCUUGCUUUUAUCAAACUUGAUGUCAUCAUUGAGAUGUCAUUGUAGCCAUGACUACAUGUUGUCAGUGUGCGUCAAGAAAUAUGGUACUUGUAAAAUUACAUUUUGAUGAAUUAUGGAGUAAUAAAAAUGCAUAAUAUUCUUUUUCACCUUAUCACCUUGAAUAGUUUUGAAACAUUUAUAGCUGUGAAAUAAAUUAAAAAAAAAUAAUGCCUCAAAA